AUGUCGACUGCUCCAGAGUAUCGCGAUUUUGACUACGAGCGGCGCUUCGCCGACGUCCAGCGACUGGAGAAGGCAGUGCACCACUUUGAUCAGGCAGUGGGGCGAGGCAUGGUCGCCAUGAAGGAGAUCGCAAGCGCCUUCGAGGCGGUCGGCGCCGUGCUUGCAGAGAUGACGUCAGCAAAUGCCGCGGCCACGCAGCACAUGGUAUCAACCGUUCCCACUGCCACCACCACUGGGGCUGGUUUGGACGGCACAGGGCAGCUCUCACCUUCGGAUGCUGGUGCCUCUUUGACCGCCAUGGCAGCGUGGGAAUCAGCUUCGAUGGCCGGCGCCAGCGUUGCUCCCACUGCAUUUGUUGAUGACGAGACGGCGGCGCAGGUGCACCAGCUGACUGUUUUCUUUGCGGGUGAGGCGAGGCGGCUCAACGAGGGACAACCAUUCCUGCUGUACAACACCGGUGUCCACCGCGACGUUGUCAACCGCCUGCUUCCCGUCGUAGAGCAUCUGAGGGCGAUUGAUGUUGUCGCCAAGAAGCGUGACGAGGCGCUGGCAAGAUACCAGAAGCACAAGGCCCUGGUGGAAAAGAAGGAGCUUCAGUACGCCAAGAAGGGGAAGGCUUUCGUGGACCAUGCAGGCUACCGGAAAAGUGCCGAAAAGCGCGACGAAAGCUGGCGAGCGUAUGUGGCGGUGCGCGCCAAGUUUUACGAGGCGUACCGCUUGCUGAUGGAAGUCCACGGGCAUACAACGGCGCACAUCGUCCACCGCUACCUCACCUUGAACGGGGACUACCUGCGGGAGCUGCUGUGUGCGGUUGAGCGGGUCCUGCCCGCCAUGGAGAAUAUAUACCCCACUAACGGCGAGUUCGGCUCCCUGGCGCCUUCCAUUCUAACAGCAGUUUCUGGGCCGUGUCGCGGUCCGCCCACUGUCCCACCACCGGGGGAAAGACACAACAACUACAAAGAAGGCCGCGACAACAGCGGCGGCAACGAAAUUUGCCACCUCCCCGUUGUGCGCGAUGACGCGGGUUUCGCGGAGCCGUGCUUGCGGCGCCCCGGCGUCGAGAGGGAGGCUCGCGGGCGGGUGCCGCUACCCGGUGCUGUGGAGGAAGGGGCGGGCGAUGGCGGCCGCAAGUUCGAAUUCAUCAGCUCCGUCGAAACGGCACCGGCGGCUCGUGAAAACCCGGGGCGCGCCCCUGCGGCAGCAGGUGCCUUUGAGGACAAGGACGAAGUUGUCAUGGGCGGCGCGCCGCCGGACUGUUGUGAGGAUGAGGAUGGGGAUGAGGGCGCAGACGAGGAGCCGUCCAAGGCGACUGCGCCGUCGUCCGUGCCCUCGGCAGGUGGGGGGUGCGCGCGGCACAGCGACCCCGAGAAGAAGGUCUGGGACUGA